GCACGCAGUCGCCGCCCGCCCCUCGAAGCCCCUCGCGGCCUGCGUCCCAUCCGGUAGUUACCGGCCCGCGGGCUAUGGCCGCCGCGGGGUGCGCUCGGCUGCUGCGCGCUGCCUCCGCGGCCCUCGGCUGCCCGGCCCGCCGCUGGCUGCUGCUCGCCGGAGCUCGCGCGGGAGCCGGCGGCCAGCCCGGGAGCUGCGGGCCGAGCGGGAGGGCCGAGCCCGGCCGGGGCGGAGGCGCGGGAGCGGGCCGGCCGCUGAGCCUGUGGGCGCCGGCGCGGAGCAGCUCAGAAGAUAAAGUAACAGUACAUUUUAUAAACCGUGAUGGUGAAACAUUAACAGCCAAAGGAAAAGUUGGUGACUCUCUGCUAGAUGUUGUGGUUGAAAAUAAUCUAGAUAUUGAUGGUUUUGGUGCUUGUGAGGGAACCUUGGCCUGCUCUACCUGCCACCUCAUCUUUGAAGAACACAUAUAUGACAAGUUACAGCCAGUCACUGAUGAGGAGAAUGACAUGCUUGACCUGGCGUUUGGACUCACAGACAGAUGGAGUGACAGAGAUAUACCUUCCAUCAGCUGGUUCACUCCCCAAAUGGCUGCAAUGGGCAGAGCUGGGCCAAUGCUAAGCCAGGAACCAGGAACUUCUUCCAGGUGUCACAGGUGGGUGCAGGGGCCCAAGCACUUGGGCCAUCUUCCACUGCUUUCCCAGGCUGUAGAAGAGAGCUGGAUUGGAAGUAGAGCAGCUGGGACUCGAACCAAUGCCCAUAUAGGAUGUCAGCACUGCCAGUGGUGGCUUUACCCACUAUGCCACAGCACCAGCCCCUCUGCUGGUUUUUGACCUUGUAGCUUAGUUGUCACCUUAGCCUCUUGAAUCAUGAGACUUAAUGCCUCCAUACGAGAGCCCCACAUCAGGAAGUGUCUUUUCAUUGUUUCUGACGGUCCUGUGUUUUCUCAUCCACAUUGGGCCUCCCAUUGGUUCUGGUGAGGAUUCCUUAGACCAGUAGAAAAGGGAUAGGUUCUCACAGAAUAUUUUCCUCAAGCAAGCAGGCUCAAGAUGGAAACACUGAGAAAUGGUUUUCUUCUUGUAUAUUUUCUGUUUUAAUUUUCUUUAAUAAAGCCUUUGUUGUUUAUUAUCUGAGCUCCAAAACUUGAAUGAUCCUCAGAAAAACAGCAAAGCUCUCUCAUUUGAUGGUAGAAGAACAUGAGAUUUAUCAUUUGAAGACCUAGGUACUGUUUGAAAAAUUACCUAAAACUUGCAAGUAAAGCAAAAACAUUGAACAAGUCUCUACAGAGGUAUACAGAGAGAAAUGUCCAAUUGGGUUCCCUGAGAAUCGUCAGUUAUUCAAGGAUAGAGAGGUUGGUAGACUGUUUUGUGGGUCAAAUCCAGCUCACCUUAUGUAUUUUUUUUCAAAGUAAAGUUUGUGGGAACACAGCCAUGUUCAUUCAUUACUUACUGCUGAUAACUGCUCUCAUCCUGCAACAGUGGAGUUGAAUUGUGAUAGAGACCAUAUGGCCUAUAAAGUCUAAAAUAUUUAGUCUCUGGCCCUGUGCCCUAUGUUUGCUGCCUCCUGAUCCAGAGGAAGGUGACUUUUGAGUAGAACUUGGACCCUGUAAAGUUAGACCUUAACUUAGAAAGGAGUGGUAAGUUGCAAAAGUUUAUUUGGUAGAAAAGAUAACUGAGAGUUAAGGGUUUCUUGCCUUGUAGGGUGGGCAUUACCCAGUUUUGCGUGUGCGUGAACAGUCAGUGUUACUGCAGCAUUCUUCCACUGCCCCCUACUGUGUAUGUGUGUAUCAGUUUCUCAUGUCCUUUGAACUAGUUUUGUCAUUUGUAUGAAAUAUAAAAAUUGUUUACCUUUUAGAGUAACAUGGGUUCUUUCAAACCAUAGAGUUCCUUCUAAUAUUCCAAAAAUUUUGCUACAUGGAAGCCUGUUGUAAAAGGGUCAACAACAUUCUACCAGGUUCUGCCAUGUUCUCCGUAUUCCUAACCCACUAAACGGAAUCAUGUCAGUUUCAACAUUUUAAAAAAAACCAAGCUCAUUUUUUCUUCUCUCAUGUCUUCAUAGCUCACUCUCAUUUUCAAAGCAUGAGCAUUGGGUUGAUCUUGUCUGAUAGGUAAGCCAUUCUUUGAGCAUAGCUAGACCCACUUUGAGAAAACUGAAAAAUCCCAGAAAGUAUCCAUUUAACAUAAUUCUGUUACAGAGAAGCUAGCGUGUUUGGGCUGCUCAGAGAGCAGAGCUAUAUCCUGUAUGACCAAGUGAAAUUGCCAGAAAGAUUCCCACAUAUACAGUAAUGUCAAAUGAUUAGAUCUACCCAAGAUCAGGUUUGAAUUACAAAGUCAAAAUUGAAAGUGCGAUCUCUUAGUCAUUAUUGCAUUCCAAAUACCUUGAGUCACUGACACACGGUAGGUGGUGAAUACACACUGGUUGAAUUCGUUGAAUGACUCUCCUAUAAAAAGAUCUUCCUUUGCCUACCACUGUGCCCCAGAAGGCAUCUGCAGGCAAAAUAGCAGGAGAUUGAGGAGGAGAAAAUCUUGGCUUAGGGCUUUUGAUUAAUAAGUGUGAUUAUGUUAAGUGAGUCACCUAAACCAGAAAAAGAAAAGCCAAAAGGUUACAUCACCAACAGCUUUUGGGUUUAAAAUCUUGGGUUGUAGCUCUUAUCAAGAUGAUGAGACAAACUUUCGAUUACUUUAAAAUCUGUGUUGCUUUUGCCAGCUAGCUGAAGUCUUCAGGAGAACAAAUUAUUUUAAGAAUGUUGCCAGAAUUUACAAUACUAAAAAUCAAGUGUUUGUGUACAUACAAAGUGGCUGGACACACUUUGAUGAGGCAUUCAGCUUUCCUGGUGCCCAGGUGUGUGUGUCCUGUGAUGUGCUACUCAGGUGGCCCAUUCUUUACCAUACAGAGGUUUCUUGUGGAGGACAGAGUGGCCCCUGCAAGCUUUCUUGGCUUUUCCUUCCUCCAUCAGGAACUAAACCCUUUGUCCAGCCACUUCAGCUGCACUCAGUCAACGUGUACAGCACUCAUGCACCAAAGUGACUUGAACAAAGAGUCUGGGAGCUCUUCAACAACCCUUGGGAUGCCCUAUCCUUUGCGGAACACAGUCUCAUCUUGAGUAGUUAAUGUGCACACCUCAAGGUCUUCAUCCUGAGCCCAGAAGUCAUGCUGAGCAAAAGGAUAACAGAACUAAUCACAAGGUAUUAGAUUAUGAAACCACCUGUUGGCAUGCCUAUCUCUCAAUUACUACCCAACUUUUUUUUAUGCCAUAAGUCCAAUUUUGUGGAUUGACUACAGCCUUCCAAGCCAAAAGCUAUUUGGAGAGAGAGCAAAGGAAAAGCUAAACAGGAAACAAGUAAGCCAGCAGUCAUCACCUAAUGCAACUGCAUAGAAAAGUUGAAAAAUAUUUUAAGUGUUUUCAAAAUGUUUGUAGAUAUCAAAGAGCCAAACCAUCUGGGUGAAACAUUCCAUUACUCUUUAUUUUGUAGGGGCAUUAGUUUUGAACUGGAAAAGCUCAUGCCUGCCCACGUCAGCAUACUUUGUACUUAACACCUCAUUCAGAACUUCCAAGCAUGUUCAGUUCUAAUUAGUAAUAAAAUGGAGAAGUGCGUAGCUAUUAAUGCUUUUUAAAAAAACAUUUGUCCAUGAGGCUUGAAAAGGAGAGGAAUCCUUCCCUAUCAUUUGUUGUUGGUAUUCUAUGCAGCAUCCUCAAGCCUUUGAAUUUUAUUCUCUGGGAUGUUCUGCCUGCCUGCACCCCUCACCUGACCCAUUUUCCCCUGUCUUCUCUUUUGUGUCAUGCCCAUGUCUUCCUUUUCCAAGGGAUCUCCCAUGGCUAGGCAAAUAAAGGGCAUCAAGUAAUUUGCAGGGGACAGAGAACUGGUAGAAUUCAUUUUUAAAGAAUUUUUGAAUUUACAAUCCCAUCAAGGUGGCAUGUACCAAUGCCAUCUUGUUAAAGUGAUCAGUUUAAUUUCCUGUGCUGUUUGGGGUGUUGGGAGGGGAGGAGGGCCAGGCUUCCCUUGAGCAAGAGGGGAGCCGUGCUGUAAAAAAAAAAAAAAAAAAAAAAAAUCAGUUUAAGUUCAUAAUUGAUCAAAAAGAUAGGAUCAAGUGUCAAAGGGAUUACAUAAAUAAGACCAGUGUCUGCAAAUAAUAAUUGAUAGAAUUAAAAAGGAGAGAAUGAUUCUACAUGGGAAGCAGGAUACACAGCAGACUCAUAGAAUGGCAAAUGCCCUAAACAGCACUCUGGCCUCAGAAUCAGCCCUUAAGGCAUUUGGAUCUGGCUAAAAAGCCCAUGAGAGUUUCACAGGAAUGGAAAGCCAAGACACUGUGGCAAAAAAAAAAAAAAAAAAAAAAAAAAAAAAAGACCUAAAUGAAAGAUCUCUGUGAAUGAGAUCCCAGCGGAAAGAACGCGGCAUCAAAGAAGGAGGUACCUUUCUCUGAAGGGAGGAGAGAACUUCCACUUUAACUAUGGCCUUGUCUAAAUAAGAUUGAAGUUGGUGAACUCAAGAGACUUCCAUAGCUUUGGCAGCUCAUGACAAGAGCCUCGGGUGAUUACUGACGUCAUAAAUAAAUGUCAAUUGAUAAAUCAACCAUGGCAGUCACUGUGCACCUGCUCCCCAUGUAGGAUCUCUGUUCUUAAUGUGUUGUACUAUGCGUUUUAAUGGUGAAAGUACUACUCAAAUGGUACUCUGUGCUUUGUGUGUCUGUGUGGGUGCAGUCUGUUGAAAUCUUUACUUAGUAUAUACUGAGUUGAUCUUCUGUAUUUAAAGAUGAUUGAAAAUGAAUCUUGUUGAAGGA